AUGAGGCCAAAUCGGAACGAUCCGACCAUGCAAGCGAGAUUGAUGAAGCUGGCGAAGAAGGGGCCCUUGAGUAGGUCGGCUAGUGGGUCUAGCUCAGAGUUGAGCGAUAAGCGCGGCCGUGGGCUCUGCUUGAGAGGGGCCAGAAGAGAUGUAGGGAAAAGACAUGCUAAAGAAAAGCCGAGACGGGACACAAGCAAGAGCCCAUUGAUCGCGUUGGUGCCUGAGGUGGGCAAGAGGACAAGUGUGGACCCGGUGACUGGCCCUCUAGAGCCCUGGGUGGACAUGAAACUGGUGCUCAGUUCGUAUCAUGAGGCGGUGAAGCGAAUGUUGAAGGUGGAAGUCGUGGAGGGCUUGUUCACCGAGGAGAUGGGAUAUAACGGCUACCUUGAAGCUCUUUAUUGCCACUCAAAACAUGGCACCCACUGCGAAUUAAAUCGAGGCAAGAAGGAUGAGCAAGUUGUCACUGCCGUCAAGCUGAGCAAGACUAUUGGUGAAAAAGCUAAGGUGGAGGAGGAGCUGUUGCUCAUGCAGGAUCGGCUGGAAGCAGAGAUGAGAAAGAAUGCUGAGCUACUGUCUUCAAUGAACAAACUUGCCGAGGAGAAGCGGGGCGUGAGUGCGGAGUUGUCCACUGCGAAUUCCGAGUUGAGUGAAGCGAAACAGAAGAUCGAGGCUUUCGCCUUUGAGCUGCGAACGUGCUGUGAUGACGCGGUGAACAACUAUGUCUGCUCGACUGAGUACUAG